AUGAGAGUUCUGAAAAUAAGGGCUCCCAAACUCAUUCUGAAAAGAGAAAAGAAUUCCAGGCUUGGUCUCAACUCAAAAUGUUAGGUAUUGUCUCUGAAGUUUGGUGAUGCUGAAAAUCCCAAAGGUCUUGAUAUAAGAUUCAUCCUUAGCAAUUACAAGUUGUCCGUCCAGAGCUGGUUUAGUUUGCACCGCGUCGAGAUUAUCUCCAACAACUCGAUCCAAGCGAUCUUUAACGCCCCUGGCGUUCGCGCCCCGUCGCGUUACUCCUACCGCUGCCGGCGCGUCAGCAGCCUGCGGCGGGGUGGCGCCCUCUUGCUGCCCAGCGACUCGGACGCUGUGACGGGCCUGUGGGAGGUCACGUUUGUUGAUUUCCAGAUCCAAGGCUUUGCCGUCAAUGGGGGGCAGUUCGCCAAGGCCCUCGACUGUGCCUCUUCCUUCUCUCCAGCCGUUCUGAUCGGCCUGGCGACGUCGCUGAUCCUGUUGCUGGUGCUGGCCUACGCCCUGCACAUGCUCAUCUACCUGCGCUAUCUGGACCGGCACUACGGGUUCGUGGCGUCUCCUGCCCACUUCCCGCAGCUGAGAGCUGGAGACGCGGCAGAAGAGAAGGAGCUGCUGAGGGGCCAGGGCGCGGAGGGCUUCGAGCUGAGAAGCCAACAGAUCAGCAAAAUUUACGUGUAA